UUACAGGUGGCGCUUCUGUAACAAAAAGUGCUAGAGAGCAAAAGGAGGCAAAGGAAAUCGCUUUCUCUCAUUCCAACCAUGAACAACGUUUCGAACGAAUCAAACUCAGAAGUUCCGGUAUGGAAAGCAAUGACGGCUUUAAAAAUAUCUGGAAUUUGUGCCUACAUAACAGUGUUUACAGUGGCCGUGGUCAACAAUUUAAUUGUUCUAACGGUGAUAGUUACCCAGAAGAAUAUGAGGAAUAGUACUAAUUUAUUCAUUGGAAAUUUAGCUGUGGCUGAUUUAACUGUUGCUUUUCUGGUUCAACCGUUCACUUUAUUUCACGAGCUUUUGAUGGAGUGGCCUUUUGGUGGCUUUACUUGCAAGUUGGUAGCCUAUCUGCAAGGUCUAGCAGUUUCCGCUUCCGUUUCAACUUUGGCUGCGGUAGCGGUCGAAAGGUAUUUUGCAGUAGUCCUCUCUAAGGGUGGUAAUCAACUUCAGGGCUUCUGGGCUGCAUUCGUUUUGUUCCUCUUGUGGACAAUACCUGCUGUCUUAAACAUACCAUGGAUCUUAUUUUUCGAUACGAAAACAAUUCAAGGACCCAAGAUUACCCUGACCAUCUGCCGGCCUCAGACUAACUUUUAUUUCCGAUCUUACUUUAUCGGUGUUGUUCUCUUGGCCUUUUACGUACUGCCACUACUUUUCAUGUGCGUCUGCUACGCUCUAAUCGGAUUGAAAGUCUGGGGAAGAGCUCGAGGUUUAAAGAUCUCCUCUUCCGCCGCCGCUAGAAACAUACACAGAUCAAAGAUAAGGAUAGUUAGAAUGCUUUGUACUGUAACAGUAGUAUUUGCUAUAUCCUGGCUACCUGUUCAUAUAGUGACACUUUAUGUUACAAUUAAUAAGCCUCUCACCUUAGAUGAAAACCGAUUAAUUAGGGAAGGAGUAAGGCCCAUAGUACGAUUUGUCAGCUCAGUCAACACAGCUGUUAAUCCGUUCAUCUAUUGCUACUUUUCAAAGCAGUUUCGUCGUGGCUUCUCAAAAAUAAUCGGAAGAAGGUUUGUUUGUUCAGACAGAGGCAGUAACGAUAUUUAGGCAAAGAAAUACGUCUUAAUAACCUAUUGACUUUUUGAUUAUUUAAAUAGACAGAAAUAAGAAAAAAACUAGUCAAAAUAACAAACAAACUUAGGAAGAAAAAACAUAAUAACGAAGAAUAUACUGUCUAAAACUCAUACUAACAUCGAUUUUCGUACAUAAAAAUAUAUUCUUAAUAU